GAGGAAGACAUAGCUCCAGAUAACUUGGUUAAACUUAUUGAUGCAUCAUUAAAACUAGACUAACCAACUUCUGAUGGUAGGGGGUGCCACAGGGGUCAGUCAACAGUUACUGUUCACAUCUCUAAUGUAGCCAACCACCACUGAGUUUCAAACAAGCAACACGUUGAUUCAUAUCACACAUCAUUUAGAAGCUUCAUUAAGCUUAAUCAGCUUAAUCUCUGCUUUAUUCUGUCAAUUUUGUAACAAAAUGGAGAAAGGUUUUGUAUGUCCUUAAACUCCUGGGAAACUGACUUCAAACACUUCAAUGUACUUAAGUGCAUUUUCCUAUCAUGCUUUGGAACUGAACUGCACUCAUUCUCUAACUUACCUCAAUGUUUUAGUUUUGUUUUUUUAAACAGUACAUAGAUUAAAUUCAGUAUUUAGUACUAUGUGUGCGUGUGAGAGAAAGAGAGAGAGAGACAGAGAGAGAGAGAGAGAGAGCUGGGAUGACGGUGAACUUCCCCUCUGCUUGGUCGGAAGCUACAGCACAGGAGCGUGGUAGUGAAAUGCGGCAGUGAGGGAAACAGUAGCUGUAGGAGGAGAGCCAGAGGGAGGCGGAAUAUUCAGCGGAGACCUCGUCAUCUCCUCGCCGGACAUGCACGGCACCGAUCGGCGGCAGCAGCAUUAGCAGCGUCGGUCGCCGCGGUGUUGGACGAGAAGACUGCGGAGUUGUUUUGUCGUUUAUUUUUCUCUUUUCUUUUCGACUCCAUCGGUUAUGAGCUUGCUGGGGGCCUACAAGAAAAAGACCAGUUACGAUGGCUAUGAAUCUUUGCAGUUGGUGGAUAGCGGCGGAGAGAGCUUCGGUGUCGGCAGAGGAGGCAGCGGCGUGCUCGGAGGCUCCAUCGCGGCCACUCUUGGAACGAAGUCGGGCCCGCUGAGGGAGGACGACUGCAGCACCAUGGACAGCUCAGACAUGGAUGCUGGGUAUGGUGGCGGCCUGCUGGACAUGGUGAAAGGUGGAGCUGGAAAGUUCUUCAGCAACUUUAAGGACAACAUAAAAGAUACACUGAAGGACACCUCCACGAAAGUGAUGAAUCAGGUCUCCACUUACACAAAAGGAGAGCUGGACAUAUCCUACAUCACUUCGCGGAUAAUAGUGAUGACCUACCCUGCGGAGUCGGUGCAGAUCGCCUACCAGAAUCAUGUGGAAGACAUUCGGUCUUUUCUGGACAGUCGUCAUGCCGACCACUACACUGUCUUCAACCUCUCCCAGCGGAACUACCGUGGCGCCAAAUUCUCCAACAGGGUCUCGGAGUGUAACUGGCCUUCUCGCCAGGCACCCAGUCUCCACAAUCUGUUUGCUGUCUGUAAAAACAUGCACAACUGGCUCAAACAGAAUCCUAAGAAUGUGUGUGUCAUCACCUGCUCGGACGGCCGCUCUCCCUCCGGUGUCUUGGUUUGUGCCAUGUUCUGCUUCUGCCAUCUCUUCAAUAAUCCUAUUCCUGCCAUGCAGCUACUGAGCGCCAAGAGACCCGGCUCUGGACUCUGGCCGUCGCACCGCAGGUACAUUGGCUAUGUGUGCAGCAUGGUGUCGGAGAAACCCACCCUACCACACUCCAAACCUCUGACCAUCAAGGCGCUCACUAUGAGUCCAGUUCCCUGCUUCAACAAGCAGCGCAGCGGCUGUCGUCCAUUCUGCGACGUCCUUCUCGGAGAGACCAAGAUCUUCACCACUGCACAAGAGUACGAGAGGAUGAGAGAGCACAGGAUUCAGGAGGGGAAGGUGGUUUUCAAUCUGAACGCUAGUGUCCAGGGAGACGUGGUGGUUUCUGUCUACCACAUGAGGUCGACCAUCGGAGGACGCCUGCAGGCAAAGGUCUCCAACACCCAGAUUUUUCAAAUCCAGUUCCACACUGGAUUCAUUGCUCCUGGAACCACAGUGUUAAAGUUCAACAAGCCGGAGCUGGACGCCUGCGACUCCCCAGAGAAGUAUCCUCAGCUGUUCCAUGUGAUUCUAGAUGUGGAGGUGGAGAGUGUGGACAAGCCGAAGGACCUGACACCUCCAUGGGAACAGUUUCCUUGUAAAGACCUGAUCCCGAACGUGUUGUUCUCCUGCCACCAGGAACAUCAGGACGCCCUUGCUAUUGCUGAUGAGAUGGAAGGAUUGGAUCUGGAGGAACCAACCAGACCAACCGGCGGCCCAGAGAGUCGGGGGCACGGUGAGGAUAGCGAGCCCUCGGAUGACGAGAUGCUGUCCCUCUCCAGCCAAAGAAGCAGCACCAGCACAGCCCCACAGAAGGUGGAUCACCCUGAGCCAAAGCCGGUGGCUACUGAAGCAGCUGUUGAAGUGGAUCUUCUGGGUCUGGAUGGGGAUGAGGUCACCUGCCCAUGUCCCUCGUCUCACCCUCCAGCUGCAACCACAGACCUUUUAGGGGAUCUAUUUGGGGCUCCUUCACAGCCGACAAGUGGGCCUUCAUCCACCCAGUCCACUCCACACAAAGUGCUGCCCAACACGGCCUCGCCAUGCCCCUCUCCUGCGCCACCAGCGUUUGAUCCUUUUGGAGCUGGUCCCAUGCCUAAACCCCAGGACGUGAUGGGCGCUUUCCUUGGGCCAGGUAACAUGGGACAGUCAGACCCGUUCCUGCAUGCUGCUCACUCUCCAUCUCCUACUCUGCAACCCACCAGCCUUGGUCGCAGUUCCCCCGUCCCUACCACCACACCAACUGUCAACAUCCAGCAGCAGAAUGCCAUGGGAGGCUGGGACUGGAACAGACCUGCCACUACGAGCACAGGAGGUUUGACAGUGGGCAGUCGGUCCGCCACCACCAGCCCCACAAGCUCUCUGCACAGCACCCCGACCCAUCAAAACAAACCAAACACUCUGGACCCGUUUGCUGACAUUGGGAACCUCGGAGGAAGUCUUGGAGGAUCUGGAUUCUCAAGCAAGCCCACCACCCCCACAGGAAACACCCCCUCUUUCCCUCCCAUGAGUUCCCCGUCUCGACCUCCUCCGUCUCCGCAGCACACCGGAGGUUGGCAGCCUCAUGCUGCUGCUGGAUUUCCGUCAUGGCAACCUGGAGCCGGAGGCGCAGGAGGAUGGCACCAACAAGGCCCUGUCCCACAGCCAAAGCCAAGUCCAAGUCACACCCCAAUGGCUCACACGUCACCCCAGAACCGACCCAAUUACAACGUCAGCUUCUCUGCGAUGGGAGGAGGUGGCUCUCCAAGUGCUGCUGGAAAAACCAACGCUGGGAUGGGCCCAAAACCCCGGGCUGCAGAUGCCAACUUUGAUGACCUGCUGUCAGGCCAGGGCUUUGCUGGCACCAAAGAAAAGAAGGGACCAAGGACCAUAGCAGAGAUGAGGAAGGAGGAAAUGGCCAAAGAAAUGGACCCGGAGAAGAUAAAGAUUCUGGACUGGAUCGAGGGAAAGGAGCGGAACAUUCGAGCGCUGCUGUCCACCAUGCACACUGUGCUGUGGGAGGGUGAGACCCGCUGGAAGCCCAUCGGCAUGGCUGACCUGGUCACUCCAGAGCAAGUGAAGAAGGUGUACCGUAGAGCUGUGCUCGUGGUUCAUCCAGAUAAGGCGACAGGACAACCAUAUGAACAAUACGCAAAGAUGAUUUUCAUGGAACUCAAUGACGCCUGGUCCGAGUUUGAAAGUCAAGGACAGAAAGCACUCUACUGAGAGGAAUGUCCUGCUGAAAGCCUGACUCAUGAUGACUCCGACCAACAUCUUCUCCUGAUAGCUCCGAUUUACUCCUCAUUGUGUGUUUGUGGUGAAACGUCCUCAUCACAUGUGCUCUGACUUCAGACCCAAGGACAGACAAACCUCUGGAUGCCUUUGGAUUUUGGGGGAGACACUGAAGAUGCACGAUGGAUGAGAGAAAACUCUUCAUGGAGGAAGACAAUAGCGCAGUGGGGAGUCAAGGGCCACAAUCAAAGCCAUGGCCUGAGCUGAACCACGGGAGUCUCUGCCUUGUACUCUCAUCCAGCAAAAACACUUCACCACACCUCGCAAAUGAACUGUCUUCCACAAGUCUGUUUGUUCCGAGCUAAUGUUAAACUACAGAAACCUAUUUAAAACUAUUUCUUAAUGAGAUCAUUUUAUGACAAGAAAUUCCCCUUUUGUUCUAAUUACCAGAGCAAAUUCAUUUGAAAAAUAUGCGUAUUUUUGUGUUAAAUAAUAGAAUGCUUCAUUUUUUUUUAUUUUAACAUAAUUUUGUAAUUUGUUUUUACGUAUACUGAUGUGAUUUGAAUAACCUGCCAAUAUUAUUUGCGUUUUUUUAAUGUUUCACAAAUUUGAAAUAAUUUAUCUUGGGUAUUUUUUUCUUGAUCAUUUAGGGAAAAGAAAUAGAGAUUAUCUUAUUAAUGUGAUGUCAUGAGCACAUUCUAGAAAAUAUGUCUUUUUAACGUGAAUGAAUUAAACCGAGAAGAUGUUUGGACUCCCCGGAUCAGAACAGAUUUCUUCAUGAGGAAAGUGUGCAGGCUUGAUCUCUUUCUUAAUUUCUAAAAAGUAAAAGUAACUCUAUAUCAGACCGAAGUAAGAAAGAUAGGUGAUAGGAAAGCCGGUAAGAUAAUCUUGUGAAAUAACCAUCAGCUAAACAUCCAGCUAAAAUUCCAGAAUGUCCCAGAGGUGCUUUUAAACAAACAAUACGACCCAGAUAUAUUGUCAUUAAAAUUCUGUCUUAUGUGAUUCAGCAAAUGUAAGAAACGGGACCGAAAUUUGGAUCAUGACAAAGAAGCGAGCACAUGAGGAGUGACCUGUAGUGACCCUCCACAGCUCCACAUUAAAACUGGACUGUAGUUGCA